AUGGAAUUGAAUGAAUUAAACAAAAUACCAAUUUCAAAAUUAUCAUAUUCACAAUCACGUUCACAUAAUUCUAUAAUUAAAACUUUAUCAAAUAAUCAAAAUAUAAAUAAUAAUAAUUUUUUUAAUAAUAAUAAUAAUAUUAAUAAUAAUAAUAAUAAUCAAGAUUUAACAAAAAUGUAUGGGAAUAGUUAUGAUCAACAAGAUUCAAAUCAUAAUGGAUAUUUUCAAGAGAUCCCAAUUGGAUUAAGCUAUCCAACACCAACAGGAUCAACACCAGGUAAUAAUAACAAUAAUAACAAUAAUAAUAAUAGUAAUAGUGGUAAUAAUAAUCAAAUUAAUUCAUUAGAGAGUGAUAGUGAACCAAAUGGAGCAAAUAUAAAACCAUCAUAUUCAGUUAAUGCAUAUCCAAAUAAUUUUGUUCAACCAUAUUACCAAACAGAUAAAAUAUUUGUAAUUAAUGGUAUGGGUAAUCCAACUGCUGCAGGUGGAAAUUUAAGUAAUUUAAAGUAUAGUAAAUUCGCACAAAUUUCAGAGAAUUUUACAUUUAUUUUAAGAAUGUUAGUGUUUCCAAUGAUUGCUGUGUUUUUUAGUGUACUCUUACCAUUAUCAAAACCAUAUGGUGGAUUUCUAUUGGGUUGGGAAUAUACAAUAAUGUAUAUACCUGUUAUAACAUGUUUUAUUUCAUUUUUUAUUGUUGGAUGGGCUCAAAUAUUUUGUAAAGGUAUUAAAAGUUGGUUAUUACCAAUGGCAAUUCAUAUCUUGUUGGUUAGUGUAACAUUUUCAUGUAUAACGCAAUAUAGUGAAAGUUAUCCACCACCAGUAGUAAUUGGAGUUUCCUAUGGUAUGAGUGCAUCAGUCCUACCGGCAUUAUUAUAUUUAAAAUCAGCGGAAAGAUUCAAUUGGGGAUUCUUUAUUGAUUUCUUACAUUUCAUGUUAUUUAUGGUGAUUGUAAUUGCAACUAUAUUCCUAUGUGUUACAUUUGUAAUAUUCUUUUCAUUAAUUGAAGCUCAAACUUUGGUGAUGUUAGUAUUCUUUUUCAAAGUGUUUAUGUGUAAUCAAGCAUUACUUUGGAUCACUCGUAAAUAUUGUCCAGUAAAUCAACAUAAUAUUAUCACCUAUUGGACUGAAUCAAUCUCGGAAAUGACAUUUUGUUGGGCAUUUAGUAGAUUUACAAAAAUCAAUUUCCUAGUUUUAAUACUCUUAAGAGUGGUUGUAAUGUUUCGUUAUCUUUUCUUCCUUUCAGAUAAAUAUUGGAAUCUAAGAACUCAAGUUAAAGAUCAUCAUGAUAGAACUAGACAAAAUAGUUGGAUUUCAACUGUAAAUAGUUUUGAAAAACCAUAUUAUACAAUUUUAGGUCAACUUUUCCCAAUUGAAAUGGAAAGAAAUGAACAUAUGACUAGAGUUGUUGAUAGAGUUUUAUAUACAUUUAUAAGUUAUUGUUCUGUACCAUUAAUUUAUAUUUUAUUUGCAGUUUGUUUGAGGUUUUCAUAUAAUGCAAAAUUUUAUCCAUUUGAUAUUUCGAUUGAAGCAUUUAUGUUGGAUGUGAUUUAUGCAUUCUUUUCAAGUUUCCUAAGUUAUAUGAUAUUUUUAGUUAUUCGUUAUCUCUUUCAAGUUAAAUACGAUAUUUCUUUACUUAAUCAUCCAAUUCAAAUAUUUAGAAAAAAUACAAAUUUAUUAAUGUUUUCAAAUUUUAAUGCAUUUAUUAUUCCAAUAACAUUUGUACUUAUGCAUAAUAAUGUUUAUUAUUUAGUUAACACUGGUGAAAGUUUAUAUUAUAAUUAA